UCUCGUCUUCUCUUGCAGAUCAAAAUCGUGGUAUCGGCAGUGCGGUGAAUAAAAAUGCCAAACACACAGAUGCACCAACAGAGUUGCAUGAAAUCAAUCACAAUAACAAUAAUAGCAUCACAACAACAACUGUAACUAAUGGUACAACAACAACCACAACAACACGCACAAAUUCACAAACCCCAUCGCCCAUCCUAGGACAUCAUGGCAAGAAGUCAGCAACGUCCACAACUACCGGCUCUAGUGCCACAGUGCUCGGUGGAACGUUGCUGGAAAAAAAAUCUCAAUCGAAAUUGCUCUCGGUGCGUGGCAAAGCUUUGCUACCGAAAUCCCAUCAACAACAACGCUCGGCUGAGGAAGCGCCUGUGCCAGCGACCGGAGUCGCUGAGCGACUGGAUGCGACGGAGCUGCAGCGUUUGAAACAUUUGAUUCGACAUUCGUGUAACGGUCGACUGGACUAUGAGGCAAUCGAGCGGCACCUGGAGCAGACGGAAUUACAGGAAGAGCACCGCAACAAAGGCAUCGAGGCUUUGGGCGUUUUGCUGCAGUAUGCGGUGUUCAAUCUGGAUGCAUUCGCAUGUCCGAGAGUAAAAACCGAGAAACACAAAAUUGAGGAACGUUUAAGCACAACACUGAAGCUGCUGGAUGAAGCGAAAACCAACUGUGCUCAGCUACAGGAUCAACUAUGUGAAAAAGAAGGCUAUUAUUUACAGCGCGAGCAAAAUCUGCAAGCAUUUCACCGCUGCGAAUUGGACAAAGAACAAGCCAAUCUAGCCGAUUAUCAAGCUUUUGCACAAGAGAAGUUCAAUGUACUCGAAUCACAAUUGGAGGCAAAAAAUUUGGAGCAUAAACGUAUCAUAGAAUCGUUUCGCCUGGAACUCUCACAGAAAAAACAAGAGCUCUGCGCAGCCGACGAACGUGAAACGAAAUUGAAGGAACGUUUCAGUGCGUUGGAGAUUUCUGAGCAAGAGUUACGUGAAAAGCUGAAGAGUACGGAAAAUUCCUACGCUACGCAUUUAAAAGUUGCCACAGAACGUCAGGAGCAGUGUCAUGAGCACAUAAAAAUCAUUACGAAGGAAGUGGAAACGCUGCGAGCCUCCAACGAAAAUAGGGAACGUGAGUUGCGUGAUAAAUUGAAUUUAUCGCAGGAGGAAAUUUCGGUUUUGCGGUCAUCUCAGCGCAGUUUCAAUGAGAGCUUGGACCGUAGUAGCGGCAUUAGCUCACCACGUAACUCUAGCACUUCGGAGUUUGCGCGCUUGGAAAGCGAGGUGGACAGCUUACACUGUGUGUUGGAGUUGAAGCAGAAAGAGAUUUCGAAGCUGAUCAAACAAAACGAGAAAUUGAUGCGAGAUGCCGAAGAGCGCGCCGUACUAACAGGCAAAAUAUCCAAGCUUGAGUCGAUGAUGGAGAUGCUAAAAUCAGAGCUUGACAUCAAGUCGGAGAAGGAGAAGGACUUCCUUCGCCAAAUAGACGACAUGCAAAAGGCUUAUAACCACGAAAUGGUAAAACGAAAGCGUCUCAGCUACGAUAACGAGGCCUUGCAAUGGCAGCUCAAGCAGCGCUCAGAGCAAUUGCAUAUCGUGGAAACCAAAUUGCAUGAGCUCUCCGCAAUGGAAUCGCACAACGCAAGCACUCAAUCUAGUAUUCACUCACUGAAUCGUUCUCAGCUGAUGAACGGUUCAUCAAUGGCCAGCAUACAAAUGGACGAUUUUUCGCCACCCACAUCGCCUGUGGUCAAGGGUGUAAUUGAAAAGCCUGAUUCCGUGUCGUGGGUGCUAGAGAUGGACGACGAUACACCCGAAGCAGCCGCAUCGAAAAUGGUGAAACGCGCUGGUUCUUUUCGUUCAGUUGAGCGCAGUCCUUCGACACGUCGGCAGUUGUCCGGAGGCGCCAGCGCCAUGAAUACAUCUUUGAGUAGUGUCGGCAGCGGUGCAUCAUAUGGCAAUGGUAAUAGCAGUGGGGGACCCAAUCCACUCUCGCAGUCAAUGUCUGCUACCACAGUGAUACGACAUUCCAGCGAUGUGCGAACCGAGUUCAGCAAACGUCCGCACUCGCGCACACGCUCCAAAUCGGUGAGUGUUAAAGGCACCGAACCAGUGAACGCUAGUGCAGGUGCGCUCAGCACCGGCUCGGUGGGCACCAAAAGCGGCAAACGGCUAUUGCGUCAAAGCUCCAGCUCAAGUGCAUGGAAGCAGCAUCAAUUGGAGUUGAUCAACUGGAAGGAACCGGUUAGUUCGAGUUCACCGCAUCAAAAUGCGAUACAUCCACGAACAUCUACGCUGUGUUCAGAAAUAGACGAGGAGCUGGUAUUGGCAGGCAGACACGAUGACUCGUUUUUUCCACACACUCCAAACUCCAGCGCAGCCGCCCGAAAGCUCAUCACCUGCGACACAUCCAAGUUGAAUUCGGGUGAGCGAUUGGAUAUGCAGUCGUUACCCACACACGCCUCCGUGCAUGAUCUUAAAAAGAAAUUCCACGAGAUACAGGAAUCCGCGGGUGAAGCUAUGGUGUCGGGCACAAAUUCAGAGGACGAAAGCUGCUCGGCGUCAUCUGAUGAUGCUUGCUCAGCAUCGACCUCGUCUGCAACAACAGGUUCAACCUCGUCGCUAAAGAACUCGCACAUUUCACUGGAAGACGAUGUUAUCUUGUUCGACAAAAUCAACAGCCUCAACGGUACGCCAAUGGAAGUUAGCUGGUCCGAUGAUACAGAAAUAUUUGCUAACGGCUCAACGGUAUGACAAGACGAAGCGUUAGAAUUAGCAGAAGAAGAUGAGGAAGAGGAUAGCUUCUGAAUCUAAUUGCAAUAACUAUUUAGCAAGCGUUCAACAGAAAAACGUAAUUUAUUUUUUAAAAAAGAAAAGCAAAACAAACUUAAGCCAAUAAGAGGUUAAAUAAACUGUGUCUCUUCCACUGGCAAAGCACAGACAUUUCGCAAAUUCAGCACCUCAAGGCGUUGGAAAUGUGAUUGCUUUGAGGGUAGAAGAGCGCACAAAACAUGACAGAACACACUGGCCAAAAUUAUAUAGUUUGCUGGGAUUUGGCGCUAUUUGGGUAGCCUCGAACUACUUAACUUUAUUUAAUUUUAUUUAUUUGAAGGAAGAGAAAAUGAGAAAGCGUUAAUGAAUUACUUGUAAUUUUGAUGGUUUCAUGUACAACAGAGAGAAAAAAUAAUAAAAAAAAAAUACUUUCGCAUUGUUAUGAAUGCUCAGCGAA